UCGCCCCUUCACCAGCGCGUGCUCCUCCCCGCGCGGCCGCUCCCCUUCUCUCGCCCUGUGCCCGGUUGUCCCUUCCCUGCGCGCCAGGUGCCUAGUAGGGACCCUCAGGACAUGGCCUGCAGUGCCUGCAGCACCCUGGGUUAUCCGCAGCCCCUCCCCUCUGCCGACUGCAUGGCCUAAAAUCUCAAAUCAGCCGUUGAUUCAAAUGUUCAGCAAUACUGCAGAGGGGAAAUUCACAGAAUUGUAUAUGGAUGGAACAAGUGUAAACAAUGGAUGAUGACUUCACUAUUUCCCUCACACCCCCAUACCUCACUGAAAGCUUAGAGAUGGCUAUGGAAGUGGAAAAGGAGAACUCCAGACCCCCUUGUUUUUCCUGUGCUUUAGACAAUCGAGAUGGAGGGAGAAACUUUUCUGUAGAGUCUCAUCUAGCAAGUGGGUCUCUUAAGAGGCUUUUGCUGAGACUGGAUCCUUCUCCAACUGACUAUGAAGAAGAUACAGUGGAAAUAUUUGGCUUUCAUUGGGUUACUGAAAUUGCGUUAGUUGAGUCCUGUAGACUUCUCUUUGGUUUACUUAGGCAACACAUACACAAAUUGGAAAACCUAGUACAGAUGAGUUCAUCAGACUUUGGUCAGGCUGCAAACCUACACUCUGAAGCAGGCAACAUCAGACAUCAGUGUAUUGCAUUUCUGAAUUAUGUGAAGGUGUUCAUCUUCAGAUACCUGGAAUCACACAAAACAGAGAAUGAUGGGCUACUUCAUCCAUAUGAAGAACUGGAAGUCCAGUUCCCUUCAGUGCUGGUUGAGGAGCUUCAUGCCUUGACCUUACAUAUUGGACAUCUGUAUGAACUCCCAAGUAGUGUCCUGGGAGCAUUUACCAUUCAACAUCAGGCAAAGCUGUUUCCUCCAUCGUGGCAUUUACUGCAUCUCCACUUGGAUAUCCAUUGGCUAGUGCUGGAAAUUCUUCAUGUCCUAGGCGAGAAGAUGCUGCGACAAAUUGUGUAUGCUCACCAAUUCAUGAAUCUAACAGGAGAAAAUUUAACCAAUAUCAGUUUAUUUGAAGCCCACUGUGGAAACCUCUUCUGCGAUCUGAUAAGCUUGUCAAUCAGCAAAUAUAUGAAGGUUAGACCAUCAGAGGCUCUAACUAGUCACCACUACCCCUGUAGUUGCAUUAAGGAAUUAUGGGUUCUGCUUAUUCAUCUGCUGGACCACAGAAAUAAAGGGUCUCAGACAGAGUCUUUUUGGAGCUGGGUGAAUAAACUUCUGAAGAAAGUCUUUGAAAGACCCAGUACUGCAGAAGGGAUGUCUGUUUUUGAGCCAGUGCAGUGCAAAGAUCCAUUAAGUUUUAGCUGGUGGAUUAUUACUCAUCUGGCAUCACUUUACCAGUUUGACCGUAACGGAAAUGUAGAGGAAAAGAAACAAGUAGAAUCCAAUUGGAAUUUUGUGGAAGAACUGCUGAAAAGGUCCAUUGAUGCUCAAGCUGCUGUAUUAGAGGAACAGAUACGAAUGCAUCUUCAGUGCUGUUUGACUCUGUGUAGCUUCUGGGACUUGAAUCUACCUACUGUCACCAUACUCUGGGAGUAUUACAGCAAGAAUCUGAAUAGUUCCUUCACCAUUCCAUGGCUUGGUCUGAAGGGUCUGGCAAGUGUUAGUAAAACUCCUUUGUCUAUGCUCAAAUUGGUGAAAAGCUGCUGUUCUGACCAGCAGAGCCCUGACCUGUAUAAGUCCAGCAACAGUUACCUAAUUUUUCUCUGUAUUUUGGCACGAAUGAUGAAAGAAGCAAUGGAGAACAAUGUAACCCACCCUUGGAAACAAAUUAAAGGAAGAAUUUAUUCCAAGUUCCAUCAGAAAAGGAUGCGAGAGCUGACAGAGGUGGGGCUGCAGAACUUCUUUAAUCUUUUCCUUGUGUUAGCGGCUGUUGCAGAGACAGAGGACAUUGCAAGUCGGGUGUUGGAUCUCCUGGAUUUUCUCAGCCCAACCUCCACCAGCACUGCUCAGAGAGCUCUCAUUUGGAAAGGCUACUUUGCCUUCCUUUUGAUGUACAUUGAGAAGAACAUGGACAUCAGUGUUCUAGCUAAGAAACUUUCACAUGCUUUCUGUGAAAAGGCAAAGGAGUUUUUGGUAACCAAGAAUGACCACACACACAAACAAAAUCUAUGGAUACCACUCUCCACUUACAUUGAUGGUGUCCAAGAAGUGUUUGAGACCAGCUGCUACUUGAACCUUUCCCAGGAAAAGUUGUUGAAUGAUGGAUUUAGUAUGUUGCUCCCGGCUUGUCGAGGAACUGAACUCACCAUGGUCCUAAACUUCCUGCAGGUGGUUCUGUCCAGACUCAAGAGUGUGCACAAACGUGUGAUCCAGGGACCUCAGCUAGGGAACACGGGCCCAAACACACAACUUCCAUUAGUGGCUAAAGAGCACCACCUUGCUGUUGCCAGUGCUCUCUGGAGAAAUUUUUUUCCCUUCUUGAAGAGCCAAAGGAUAUCGCAGACCCUGCCUCCUCCACAGCUUGCAGAUACAGCUGCAGGUUUUACUCUGUUAGCUUUGGACAUGCCCUGUACAGCUCCAUCAGAUCUCCAGCCACAGCCUGUUUUAGCAAUGAUGCAGUCGUUUGGAUGGGAUGAUAUGGUGUGUCCCCAGCUGGUAUCACGAUAUCUCAGUCAUCUAAUACAAAACAGCGCAUUGUCUGAAACUUUUUCUGGUAUGGGACAUACAUCCUAUGAAGCCUUGUCAGUACGUUCUUGGUUUCGAUGCAUUUUACAAAUGUACAUUGAUCAGCCUACUGGUACGUUGACCAGGACAGAUGCUGAGCGAACAGUUGGGAAAGUUUAUGUGGAGCAGCUGACUGAAAUGACAAGGCUGGUUUUUAAACUCUCAGAAGUAGAAAACAUCUUCUCAAAGGCACACUUUGAUGACUCAAUCUUCAAGCAAGACCCUAAGAAUGCUCUUGUCCAAUUCAUUAAGGCUGUUGGUGUAACUUACAGUGGCCUUCAGACUGUAGCUGAGAAAUCUGCCAUGGUAACAAAGACUUUGGAAUAUCUAGGUGACGUGGUAAAAUAUGUAAAACCUUAUUUGCAAAAGAAAGGACCCGCUGAAGGCUUGCAGCUCACUUACUCCAUUAUAGGAGGCCUUGUAAAGUCCUGGGCACCAAUACUGGCAACUUCGAAAGCACAACAGCUGUUGUUCCGCAUCAUAGAUAGCUUGCUGCUGCCGCUUGCUGUGUUUCAGCAAGACAAAGAGCUGCCUGCCGUUAUGCUGUCUGCCAUUCGGGAAAAUCUUCCUCUGUAUCUUCAGUCACCAGUGAAGGGAGGAGGACCUAUUGGGAUGGACGUACUCUCACAGAAACCUAUUAUACAGGGCUUGUCCUUUAUAUGCUGUCAGUCCCAAACUCAAGGUGCCUAUUUGAACCAACUGCUAGGAAGCGUUAUUCAGCAGUAUUUUGGGCGCUUUCUCCCUCCUUCACCAUCUUCUCCAGGAAUUGGACAGCAUCCCAUGCUGCUGGCAUUGUGCAAUUCUAUUACCAUCCCACAGACCUUACAUCUGCGGAAGACCACUGCACAUGUCAUAAAGGAAAGUUACCUCCAGUUCAAAGGUAACUCCCCUCCUCCUCGCCUGGCCUCAGUUCUGGCUUUCAUCCUUCAAGUAUUUCAAAGAACCAAGAGCACUGAAGUAUGUGACAUUGUGUUGCUUCUCCCUGCUGUUUUGAAAUGCAUGGUAUUAGUUAAUGAAACACAAGUUAAAAAACUAUCUAGUGAGAUUCUGCAGUACAUGGUAGAAGACUGCCAAGCAGGGUCGGGAGGAGAACCUGCCACCCAACUGACUUCUGUGUUUAGGCAGUUUAUCCAGGACUAUACCACAGUAUAUGAUCAUCAGAUUUACAGCAUCCUGGAAGUAGUGGCAGUCUUGGAUCAGCACCUCGUUAUCAGUCUGAUUCCAACAAUCACACAGUCCCUGAAGGAUUCAGAGCACAAACAAGGGCUUGGCAGAAACAUUGCACAAAGAGAAGCCUACAAAAGACUGUUAUCUCACCUUACAGCAGCUGGUCAAAAUGAGAUACUAAAACUGGAAAAUGAGACAAGUUAACAAUGUAUUGGUGAUUAAUUCUUUCCCCCUGAAAUAUUUGCACACUGUUACUGCCUGUACUGUUAUUGUAAUGCACUAUCAAAGUUGUUUAUCUUUACAAAUAGAAUCUAUUUAAUGCUUUUUAAAAGUUAAGCUGUUUUUCCAAUAGCAUUGGUAGCAUUUGACUAUUGUCAGAAAUAUGAAGAGUAAUUCAAAUCUUUUGUCCUUCAGUUGAUGACUGAAAGAUACUGCAAAUUCAUUAAAUAUUAGAAAUAUCCAUCUAAUAUUCACAAGACAAUGUGUGGGAUUUUCAGUAGAGCUGAAGUGAUUUAGCACAAGUCCCACUGAUGUUCAGUGUGUUUUGAACAAAAUUUUAAUUUCUAAAUUUCUAAUGGGAAAGUGUUUUGUAGCUCAGAAAUAAGUGUGCUGUGUAGAACUCUGGGGGUCAGGCAGCAGGCUUUUAUGUGGAGCACACAAAGGCACUUCCUGUAAGUAUACUGAGCUUAAUGAAUGCAAUCUGUUCACCGAAAGCUGGAUCAGGGUUAGGCUAUCUUACGUUAAUAGAAAGGUGUGUGUAUGUGUUGAACAGAAUAGAGACAGGCAUCCUAACCUUGCUCUUGUAUUGAAACCUUUCGGGUCUCUCAGAUUCCUCAUCUCUGUUGCUUCUUCCCUCCAUGCAGGACAAAUCUCAGGUUCCUGAAUAUCAAGAAGAUCUCCCAUUCUGACUGAAGUGUUAAUUUCCUAGUCUUCCUCUUAUCCUGGAUUUAAAAUGAACUAAAUUACAAAUCUAGUAAAAUCCACAAAAUUUGGUGUGAAUUUCAUUAGCUAGUUUAACUGAGACGAAGAAUAAAGGGAGAGAGUGAGAAGGCUGACGCACUUAAAGAUUUUGAAAUCAGUUCUUCUAGUUAGUUCAGACCGUGUUUAACGUUGGGUUAGCCUGGCUAGAUGGAUUUCUCAAACCUCUCACUGUGUCCUUGAUAAUCUCUUGAUCCUUUCUCUAGUCCAUCAUAAAGGUUCCUAAACUUUAAUUCUAUUCAGAGAAAAGUUAUUUAAGAUUCUGUAGAAUUCACAUCUUUCACUUGACUCAUUAACAUGGGUUCCUAAGAUUUAUUCCUGUGGCAUGGAAGUAGUAUGUGUGUGCACUUUCUGGCAACACCAUUGAAUUGGUUAUCUACUUUUAAAGUUACUCGGCCUUAACUUUACAGAGUUAAUGGGGGAGGAGGAGAGACUAUUUUUGUGUCUAACAACUACAGCUUCAGAAAUGUCCCUAAAAUCUUGUUCGGAGCAGCAUCUGUUUUGUUACAGUGCUCCUAUCAAGUAGAAACAGAUAAUCUUUUCCUUAAAUCAGCUAUUGUUGCGUCAGAUAAAGUAGUAACUAAAAGCCUCUUUAGGCUACUUAAUAGUGCAGAACAUGGAGGUUCUUUUCAUUAUGAAAGUGACUUAUUGAACUUGUGUUGUAAGCUUCUGCACCUGGAAGGAGUCUUAUUCAUCUCAAGAGGCUUGUGCUUCUAAAAAGUUUUUUUUUUUAGCUUUUAAGAAAACUCUCCAAAUGAGAUUAAUAGAGAUGCCUUUGAAAUCUGAGUUUUAUCACACAGAAGGUAGCAGAACAGAUGUCUGACUGUAGUAUUACUUCCUGAAAGUAAGCCCUUUGACUUUUAAAGAAUAGGUAUUGUAACAAAUUAUUUAAUGAUGUGUUCAGUGAGGUUUUUAAAGGUAGAGUUGAUACUGUCUGUAAAGUUUCUAAAAAAGUAACAAUGCUUUAUGAAAAUGUGACAUAGCUCUUGGUGCAUGAGACACUAAUUUAAACAGUUUGGAAAUUAUUGUUCUUCUCUGUCAAAAAGUUAAUGCAAACAGAAAUAAAGCAUUUUGCAUGAUAUCACUCAA